UCUGCAUCGCCCGCCAGUCCGCCUCUAACCUCCCGCCGUCGUCGCCCACGUCGUCCUUAAAUACAGUUUUGUUUCGGCGCGGCCGUUCGACACAUGCAUCGCGCGCUAUCUGUACCCCGGUACAUGAUAAGGACGUAAAUAUGUGUAAAUGGAUAUAACAUAUUUAUCCACGAUCUUAUACAUCGGCACAUCGCGGGUGCCCGUGCUUGUUAUUGGUGGUUGUUCGACCGUUUGGAAACUGUGAACUGUACACAUACGUAUAAAGAUGUGUAAAAAGGGACAUUAAAAACAAUAUUCACGAAACAGUCCCGCGCCGGAGAUGCGGCGUCGAUCAGUGCGCGGCAAAGUGUCGAGUGAUAGAUUGUGACCUGAAGACAGUUCGUUUGGAAGAUAAUUCGGUGGUUUUGAGCCACAGAAUCGGCUAACAUUACGGUUAUUGACACAGCCAAUUUCACUGAUCGUUUGAAUCUCGGUUCGAAAAUGUCAGGUGAUAAAACAUUCGCGCCUAGCGUCCUUUGGACAAUGGACGAGAUAUUUGUAAUGACGUGGAUCAUAUGAUAAAUGUAGAACACGUUGUACAUUUUUAGUUUGCUUUUUGUUCUACGCGUUUAUCCACGCAUCUAAAGCGAAAGAAAAAACCCUAUACAAUCUCAAAAGCAUGUAAAAAUGAAUAUAAUAAAAAUAUUUGCGUGGAAAUAAAAAUUUCGCAAUAUUCUUGUUGCGUACAAAAACGAAAAUCGAUGAUAAUAAUAAUAAAGAAUAAACGGUGUGAACGUGAACUUUCGCAAAUUGAAUGUUACACUAUGGACUCACUAAUUCGUAAACAUGUACACGACCACGAGUGUUGUCUACGGCUAAAUAAACAAGCAGGUGAUUAAUACUGACACGUGUUGAUCCGCUUGAAAGUCGGCGCGUCGUCCUCGUCCCCGUCUACACACAGACGACGGCACAGACGAAAGACGAGAGAGAGAGCUCAAGCGAAUUGUGACUGAAAUGGCAAGUGUCGAUCAACAACAGAAGCAGAAACAGUACGUUGGUAACACCGAGAGCGAAAAACUUCACUGCAAAGACUGUGGCAUCUAUUUCGAGAGUGACAAGAGCUUGGUAGUUCAUCUGCAAUAUCACCACGAAAAUCUAAUGAAUCAGUGGGCAAGCGAAGCGCAGCAGGAGGAGAGCAACAACAACAACAGCAAGGCUGGGAAUCACAAUAGCCACGUGACAGUGAAACGAGAUAGCACGACGGCGCUGGCCGAUUCAAGUGAACCUCCCUCUAGGCCGCCGUCCGAGGGAGCGUCACCGGCUCAGCAAAAUUUACCAACGCCCGGCAUCCAACCGCAGCAGCAGCAGCAACAGCAGCAACGACAGCAGCAACAGCAGCAGCAGCAACAGCAGCAGCAGCAGCAGCAGCAGCAGCAGCAGCAGCAGCAACAACAGCAGCCACCGACCUCGCAGUCCUUCGGUCACUACCAAACGCCAAUGUUCCACGACGCAAGCUUCUUCAUGGAAAAUGAACCGGCUUUCAUCAUUCCCCACGAAUACUCGCCCAGUCACGAGCCCGAGACGCAAACCGGCUACAGGUAUCACCCCUACCAACAUUCCCAGCACUAUCCUCCGGAACGGGCUAACUCUGUAAGCUCCAUGAGCCCCAGGAGCCCCUUGCAGUGCGACAAGUGCGGCGCUGUUUUCGAAAAUGUAGGCCUGCUAGGUGAGCACGUUCGUGCCAAUCAUCCGACAUCCCCCGGCGGUUAUCCCGGUCAGCCGCAGUAUCAGCAGAUCGGUAAUAGUCCGUCGCAGCAGAGCCAGCAGCAGCAGCAGCAGCAACAGCAACAACAACAACAACAACAACAACAACAACAACAACAACAACAACAACAGCAACAACAACAACAACAACAACAACAACAACAAUUGCAUGCGUCACCGCCGCAGGCUGCAAAUUCUCAACAGCAACAGCAACAAUCGGCUGGGUACGACUAUAACAAUGGGCGCGUGAUGAAACAGGAGGUGAAACAAGAGCCUGAAGAGCAAGCCGAGAUCCUCGAUCUCGACUCGCACAAGGUGCAAACGCAUCGCUAUGAGGAAGAACUGAUGAGGCUGCAUCAACAACAGCAACAAGAGAUGCAGAUGCAGCUGCAUCAGCAGCAGCAGCAACAACAACAGCAGCAGCAACAACAGCAGCAGGCGAUGCAGCAUCCCGGGAGAGGUGGACCGCACUCGGUGAGUUCUAUGUUAGGAUGGCCUUCCGCACAGCCUCACGAGUACCAUCCUGGUGUGUCGCCGAUGCCGCCAAUGGGACCGAUGGACAACGUGUCGCCGAUACCGGACCAGAGCCAGUUCCUGAGGGCGCAGCACAUGGCGGUAGAAUCGCCGAGGCAUCCGGGAUCGCCAAUAAUAACCAGCACGCAACAGAUGCCGACCCAUCAGCUGUCCGGGAUUCUACAGCAGCCCCCUAAACCACCGCCGGUAACGAAUCAGUCGUGGAAAAGCAACGAGGCGCGCAGACCAAAGACUUACAAUUGCACGGCGUGCAACAAGUGGUUCACCAGCUCGGGCCACCUGAAGCGUCACUACAACACGACGCUGCACAAGAACGCGGUUAAGCAGAGCGGACAGCCCGACCCGGCGAACAUGCCGAUUAGCGCCCACCAUCAUCCCGGCCGAGACCCGGUAAUGGGAUCGGGAAGGGGGCCGCCCAGGUCGCCGGAACUAUCUUCUUCGGGGAGUCCCCCAAACUUGAUGGCAGGUCCCUCGGGCGAGGCGGCGAGGGGCCUGCUCCACACGGCCACCCUCUACACCAACAGCAAUUCCAACAGCAGCGAAUCUUCGGCAACCAUACAGCAGCAACCGCCUUCAACACUCCACAUCCCAUCCACAAUGGUGCCCCUCAAUUCCCCGCUGCCAUCGCCAAUGGCGGGCCACCACCACCCGCACCACCACCAGCAUCAAAUGGGUUCGCCGUCGCAAAUGGGGGCCCACCAUCCCAUGAAUUCGCCCAUGUCGCCCAUGGGGGUCCAUCCGCACCUGAAUUCACCUUCACCGAUGGCCUCCCAUCCGCACAUGACUUCACCAUCUCCAAUAAUGGGGGCGCCAAUGAAUUCGCCGCCGAUGGGGGGUCCUUCGAUGCCUCAUCAGCCGUACCCAAACGCCUUGCCCCCCCACGUUACAACUACUACCAGCAUCCCGGGUCUACUGGAGUCUAUCACCAGCCAAGUAACUACUAUUGGUAACGACCCCAGCGCCCAGCAACAACAGCAGCAGCAAAGCCACGAGAUGCUGCCCGGUUUUGGGACCUUCAGCAAUCACCAGAAGCCCCUGCCGAGCUUCACUCAGUUCGGUAUCACCGGGUUUUUUAUAGGCCAGAACCAACCGCAGGCCGUUAACGUGGGGGGGCUAAGUCCGGAGGAAAGCCUUCCUCAAGACAGAUCCUUUGAUUCCCCAGGAUCAAACUACGAUCCCUACAGAAACUCGCCACCCAGGUACGAGUCCCUGACCGCCAUGGAAGUUGUCCAAGAACCCGAUUCCCUUGCUAUCGUGCAGUUCGUUCAUGUUCCUCAGCAGCAGCAACAACAGCAACAGCAACAGCAACAGCAACAGCACCGUCAACCGAAAACUUUUGAGGCGAACAACAAUCUGCCUCAAAGUAAGACGGAACCGGGUCCGAAGAUCGUCAAAGACGAUGUUACGGACAUGAAGAAGGUACUGCUGAUGUACAAGAAGCAUAAAAUCGCGGUCACGGAAACCGGUUCGCACUACAUAUCGGAGGACGGGUUUCACAAGUGCCUCGAGUGCGACAAGGUCUUCAACAAGGCCUGCUACUUGACGCAGCACAACAAAAGCUUUCAUUCGGGUGAAAAACCGUUUAAAUGCCAACAGUGUGGCAAGAGAUUUCCCCUUGAGUACCUGCACGCCAAACACUUACAUAAGCACGCCGGUGAGAAGCCCUACAAGUGCGAGUCAUGCCCGAAACAGUUCAAUCACAAGACCGAUCUCAGACGGCACAUGUGCCUUCACACGGGUGAGAAACCCUACGCCUGCGACACCUGCGGCAAGGGGUUCAUAAGGAAGGAUCACAUGAUGAAACACUUGGAGACUCACAAAAAGAAGAACAAUCAUCAUCACGGUCACGGUCAGCACAAUCAACACAAUAACAGAGUGCUCAUCGUUUGAACGCGUAACGCAAGGACACGACGGGCGUUGCGCGACCCCCUCUCCCUGUAUUUAUUUUACCUUCGCAAAAGCCCGAAAUUGUUAUCCCGGCAGCGAGUCAGCCGAGAGCGCGUUGCCGCGGCGGGUCGUUUCUCUCGAAACUAUUGAAAACGUACCAAAGGAGGGUCGGCACUGGGAGGUAAAGGUUGAAAUUUCUGUAGAGAUUGAAGAGAAGAAAAAAUUAAACUAAAUGCUUCGUUAUAAAUAAAUGAAUAUACAAAAUAAGGAAUAAGAAUAGACGUAUGUGGGCAGUUUGUGAUUCGCACGGAAUAGUUGCUGAAACGUGGUGAUAACGGUUCUCGGACUAUGUAUUGAUUUUGCUCAACGACAUUUAUUAUUUCAUGAAAUCAUUGCUGCGUACUUCAAAUCGCUUUUCAAAACGAAUGACGUUAAUCAAUCGUUGCCGUCACUGGGACUGUUGUUUUGCGCGUAUUCUUGUAUGCACGAUUUUCAAUUGUUCGAAGGGAAAAGUAUCGAAACCAAAAAGAAGACGGAUGAAGUAGCUUCAUUGUUAGACCGGAAUGCAAAUGUAACGUAAGUUUGCAAUUUUUUAUUGGCAUCAUUCGGGAUAAAAAAUUUUUUUUCCAUUUGACCAAGUCAUUUAGUGGCGCCAAUCGCGGUACACACGGCUGACCGAUGAUUUUUGCUCGGCUUUGUUGACCGCGACGGCUCGGACUAAUGGCAAAUCCAGUCACGAUAACUUAAAUGAAAUGAUUGUAAAUCUUAAAAUGAAACGACAGCGCGGUAAUAAUUAAUGUUGAAACGAUAUCAAACCUUGAAGCUUAUCAAUUGUACAAAAUACGUUAAAUGUAUAGGCAUAUUAUUGUAAUUAUUACUGAUUUAAUAUUAAUUGACUAAUUAUAAAUUGAUGAAAUCCUUAAUUCUUAAUACUCGUAUUUUAUAGUGAAUAACUAAUCUAUAAAAAGCAUAUUAAAAAUAUUUCAUCCAAUGUGAAAACGAAUGCGCUUUCAUCGCAAACCACUUAUCAUUUCAUUUUCGUUAGACUAAUCACAACUUGUGUUGCGUGAAAGUUGAAAUAACAAAGUUCGCAAAAUAACUGAUAGCAACGAAGAGAAUGAAUUGAAAAACACCACUGUCGCGUAUUUGGAUUUCGUUUCUCUUCGGUAAAAUUUCAACUAACCUUCUCCGAACACUAUCCCGUCGCAUCUCACGAAUUUCAAUCGAAAUAAUGAUAAAGUUAAUCAAAGGGCACGUCGUUUUCACACUGGUUCCUUUUCUAAACCUAAGAUAGACUAAGUUAUUAAGAAUCUUGCGCUUCUUCUUCUUGGCCAACGAUCUUUGCGCUCGUCAGUCUCUGGGGGAUUGUCUAUCACCUCUGCGUCCCUUCGCCAUCCAUCGAUCUGUUUUAGAUGAAAUGCAGAAAGUACACUUUGUAAACUUGAGCCGUGACUCGGGGAAGAGAUUGGCGAACUCGAAUUUCUUGAAAGAAAAAGUGUUGGAGUAUUUACACGCAAUGUAGGUAACUGCUGACCUCGCCAAAACGAAAUUUAUAGUUAUUUUGUUGAAUAUUAGUUAAUAAUUUUUUAUAAAUAUUGAUAAGUUGAAGUAUUGAAAAGUGUUGUGGUUAUAUACGAGUUAGUUGUAUCUCAUUGCUUUGUUCGUUGUUGUGUUUGCACUUCGCGUUUGUUCCAAUUUUUGCGUAACUCAUUUUAAAUAUAUUGUGAUUGAUAGAAAGAAAAGAAAUUGCUUCUAAUUGCCUAUAGUCAUUCAAUUGGGACGAGGUCUACCAUGUUGUUGUAAAUAUUUUUUUUUUUAAUUAUAUUAAAUGAUAACGAAUUAGCACUCGCCAUUUGUAACGUAUGAAAUCUCAGAACAGACUACCUCAGAGUUCAGGAAUUAAAUGACAAAAAACGAAGAAAAAUAAUUUUUAAAAAAAAUCAAUUAUGUAACAAGAAAACGAAGGAAAGAAUAAUAAGUAAAUAAAUGAAUAGUUAAAUAAAUAAAUAAAUAAAUGAGAAAUAAAACCAAUGCAAUAACUGUAAAAUACAGAAUACCUUACGAGGCGGACAGAGGAAAUAUAAUGCGCAUACUCUAAUUUAUUCGCAUCCUGAAACUGUCUUAUCUUCAUGCGAAUUGGAUAAGUUUUGUCUUUUUGAUGCUGUUUCCACGAAUUUAUUGUUCGAAAUCCAUUUGCUGCAAUAUACAUAUUAUAAAAUCAAGACCUUCGGUUUGAAGAAAAAAGAGAGUAAGAAACGGGAAGAGAGAGGAAAAAAAAAAAGACAAACGAGAAAUAAUGUUCAUUUUAAAAAAGGAUUAAAUUUUCACAGAAUCAGUUCCUCCGAUCGUCCGCCAGUAACAUGUAAGCGUAAUAGACAUGUAAAUUAAAUAUACAAAUAUCCAGCAUACGUUAGACAUAUCAAGCAGUAUUACUGUACUCAGUUUAAAGGAUAAGAAGCAAAUAAAUACAUAUUGUACUCAUAUCAGUAGAGAUAUCAUUGCAAACAAAAAAAAAAACAAAAAUGAUAAAUCUGGGCAUUUUUGCAAAGCAAUCUUUGACUAUACAUUAUGAUAUACAUAUUAUGUAACAAUAAAUCUUGGGCAUUCGUUUGAGAAAUGUACGUAUUUACAAUAUUUACUUGUACGACGAUAUACAUAUUAUUAUUAUUAUUAUUAUUAUUAUUAUUAUUAUUAUUAUGAAUGAAUAAAUAUAUAUAUAUUAUUAUAGAAAUAAAUAUACCUAAUUCGAAAGAAUACAGUACCAAACAAUGAUUGGUUGUGCCAAACAAUUUUUUUAUUCCUUUUGUUUAUUAUUACCUAGUUUGUUUACUGUUUUAAUGUUUGUCAUCGAUUUCUUCCCUUUCUUUAUGUUUUAUCUUAUCGUGCGGGCAUUUUACCGUGUAGGAACGGUGGCCAUUUUUUCAUUAGGAAUCUCAUAUAACUGUAUAGUUUAUUGGACGCAAAGUUCCCACGAAAAUUAUCGAGUUGAGAAAUGAUCUUGCAGUUUUCUGAAAGCCGGUAUUUUAACCACUCUACAUACUAUAUUAUAUGCAAAUACAUACACAUGUAUCCAUCACGUUACUAACUCGUCGUUGCCGGUCUUUUUUCUUUCUUUUUAUUUUUUCUUCGUUUCGAUACUCGUCUCUGGUGGUGCCAUAAUAUUAAAUGUGAGAAAAAAAUUCGAACCCAACUUCGAAACAUUCUAGUAGCGGAACUUGAAGUUUUUGUAAUUGUAAUAGUAAUAAUUAUAAUAAUUACUAUAAUAAUGAUAACGAUAAUAAUAUUAUUAUAACGAUAGUAAUAAUAAUCUUAAUCAUAAUUAUACUAAUAAUGUGGUUUCUGUUCCUGUAUACGGCCGAUAUAAAACUAUCGAGAUAGAAUAUAAUAAUACGACCUGUAUUAGUUUAAACGUGUUUAAUUAUGUUUUUAUAAAUAUAUUUUAUUUCAUACACCUUACGUUGUUCAAUUAUCGUUUGUUUUUUUUUUCCUUUACUCCGCACUCAUCCUGCCACCCACAUACCUCGUUCUGUUUACCAUUAUUCUAGAAAUUUUUUCUUCACGCAUUUAAAUCUGUUUCCAUUAGUUUUUCAUCCCCUGCUUACCUGCGUACAAUCAGGCAACCAACAUGAAAAUACCAUAUCUUGAUGAAAUGUUCAAGUACCUAUAUUCAAUAUCAUUAAUAUCCUCCAAGAGUUUAAAUAGCUGUUGGUAUGUGUAAGGUAAUAACGAUUGUCAAGAAUUUUGUAACACGGUUAGAAAAACAGCUCAGAUCUAGUAAAUGAGAAGGGAGAGGAGAAGAAAAAAAUAAAUAAAUAACUAAAAAAAUAAAUCAAAUAACAAUACCUACAUGCAAACAAAGAAAAGCGAAUAAGAAAAUUUUCUCACCUUGUAGGCUGCACAGUGUUGCGAUGUUGAAUAUCGACGUGAAGAGACAGGGCUGAAAAAUGACGAAUAAAAUGUGCAAACAAAUUGUACAAAUAUGCUUGGCAACAAAACUUAUAAGAAAUAAUUGAACUCAGAAACGAAGAGAAAAAUAUCUACACGUAACGAGCUUCGCCAAGUCAACAAGGCACGUCUCACGAUAUCUCAAAGAAUUAGUUUUAAGUAUAAAAUUUACCUGAUGACGAAGCAAUAUUGAACGAUCUGUUUAUGAUAACUUAAAGUAAAUAUGAUUAAAUGAAAAAUGAUGUUAGGUGUAGUCUACUCUAUACUGUACGUCUUUUAGCUAAAUUUUUAUGUUUUUUAAUUCGUUGUGAACGAAUGUUUUGGGUAUAUAUGAAUUGAUAAGUAAUACAUAAAUAUCAAUAUUAAGACGAAGAAUAAGAAAUAAUACAAAUAUGAUAUAUACAAAUCAACGAGCUGCGCACAUCAGCUUCUAUAUGAACCUAAAUUAUAUAAGAGAUUCAGUCGAGAACAAUGAAUUAAUUGUUAUUGAUAAAAGCAUUGUCGGAAUAUUCAUAACUUUCAGCAAUAUCCUACAGCUUGUUGUUCCAUCCUCGUGAAUGCGAAAGCGGUUCAACGGAUCCUUCGAAAUUAAUUAUCGUUAUACAUGCCAGCCAGCAAGUUUACCAGUCAAGAGACAAAUUCACGAUCAGUGUUUGCAAAAACGUGAACAAAUUGCAUAUUCAGCAAUAGCCGAUAUUUUUCAUAUACUAUGUCGUUCUGCAAUUAACAUCCGAAACCGUAAAUAUGUAGCAUGGGAACUUCGUUCUUAAUAUAUGUAACAUGUGACUCGAAAUUUUCUUAGUGUUUGACGAUCUCGAAACAUUUUAAAACACGAAGCAGGCAUAAUAAUAAUUAAUUGAACUUGCCAAACGGUCGAAGGUGCGUUGAAUAAUGAAUGGAAAUAAAAUUCAGGACAAUUCUUGGUAUUAUGAAAUUUAUGAAUGACAUCUUGACAAUGCCGUUACAAAAGUACCUCAUGAUACAAAAUCCAUGUACAAAUGUUCAUACGUUUUCAGAA